GUUGAGGUGGACUCAAACAUACCGACAAAUGGUAAUGGUUUGCUGUUUGUAUUUAUUUCAAAUUUUAUUAUUCUAACCAGCCUCUUUAAUAUGUGGUUGAAUGUGUGGACAAUAUAAUAAAAGUUGAAGAGGGAUUAGUACCGCCUACCCGAAAACGUGGACGAGGAGCUGCAAAGAACCUCGAGUUUGACAAGAUUCGAAAGUUUGGGCCGAUAGCACUAACCAUAAAGGAUGGUGAGACAUCACCAUGUUGUGAAAACUAUACAAUAUUUACAAGUAGGCUUACAUGGUUGGUGAAGCACCAUGUCGACCUGAGUCACCCGAGCUGGCAUGAUUUACCAGAUAAUGAGAAGGAAGAGUUGAUUGCUCGUGUCCGGGCCGACUUUGUCCUUGACUGGACGAAGAAGAAUCACCGCAAUACAGUAACGAAGACACUUAGGAAGAGGUUCAAUCAUAUUCGGUAUGAACUUCACAAAAUAUACAAGAGUUACAAGACGAACGAAGAAGCUCUUGCGAAUGUGCCAGAGUUGGUGACACCAGCUACUUGGGUGAAGUUAUGCGCUCGAUGGUCAAGCGCGGAAUUUAGGAUGAUAUCUGAGAAAAAUAAAAGUAAUAGAGCGAAACAACAAACAAACCACACGGCUGGACGAACCUCAUUCGUAAGACUAAUGCAAAUGAGGUCUGAGAGUGAUGAGCACCUUAUUGAUUUCUUUAAAGAGGUGAGGUGGAGUAAGAAGAAGGGUAAAUUUGUGACUCCAGCGACAGAAGAGAAACAUAAUGAAAUGGUUGCCAAGUACUCUAAGUUAGAGCCUGAGAAGCAGACUAAGGAUGUUGCUGCAUCAAUCUUUAGGGAGGUACUAGGCCACAGGCCAGGGUAUGCAAGGGGGUUGGGGGAGAUGGUUAUCCCUGAGUCAUCUAGACAGAACACUGCAGAAAAAUUUGCAGCAUUAACAGAACGUGCAGAGAGGCAUGAGAAGGAUGCUGAGUAUUACAAGAAUCAGUUGGAAGAAUUACGGGGGAAUGUAGAGAAAAUGUUGGCGAAGCAAGCUGAGUACGACAAAUUAUUAAGUUCAUACAUGGAAUCACAGAGGCAAACCCAAGGAGAGUCUCAUAGAGAAACUCAAGGACCUGCAUAGGCAAUUCCUUUUUUAGUCAAUAAGUUUUUUGUGCGGAGAUGGAUUUGUAGGCUGGGACCAAAUCAAGAAGUGGAAAAGCUUUGAGAUCAAUGAAGGAGGCUUCCAAUUUUCAGAUGAAGAGGUAUAACUUUAGGUUUUGAGAUGAAGAAGGCAGCUUCCAUGAUGAUCAAGACUUGCUUAGGAAAU